ACAAACCUAAGAAUCAACAAUGACGAUUCUUUUCACUCUAGUGCUUUUCUCUCUUAUUCUCAGUUCCACUUUUGCCAUCCGAAUGGUGUAUUUAUUUUGUUCAAAACUCAUUCUGGGUUGUCUUUCACAAUGUAUCCGGUUCUCUCUGAAUUGAAUUCUCUGUUUUUCUUGUUUUCCAGCCUUAUGUAGUGUACUUGGGAGAACACACACAUGGGCCAGAGCCAACCUCACUUGAACUCAAUCAAGUGACAACUUCCCAUUACAAGAUUCUGAGUUCUGUCGUCGGAAGUUCUGAGAUUGCUAGGGACAAGAUUUUUUACUCAUAUACUCACUCCAUCAAUGGUUUUGCCACGGUCCUGGACGAGGAAGAAGCUGUGCAGUUAGCAAAACGUUCGGAUGCGAUUUCUGUUUUCCUAAACAAGCCAAGGAAACUGCACACAACUCAUUCAUGGGAUUUUUGAGAUUGAAAAGAGAUGGGAUUAUUCCUUCCAAAGCAAUCUGGGAAAAGGCAAGGUUUGGGAAAGACACCAUCAUCGCAAACCUUGACACCGGUGUUUGACCGGAAUCAAAGAGCUUUUCGGAUGAAGGGUAUGGUCCCGUUCCAUCAAGGUGGCGCGGAGUCUGUCAAAGUGGAAAUGGGAGAUGAAUUCCAUUGCAGCAGGAAGUUGAUAGGAGCAAGGUACUUUAACAAAGGUUUAGCUGCAUCUGUUGGUGACCAACUAAACUCCUCGUUACCGCCCUCAUUAUCAACUGUGAGGGACCUUGAUGGCCAUGGAUCACACGCCUUAUCAACUGCUGCGGGCAAUUUUGUUCCAGGAGCUAAUGUUUUUGGCCAUGGUAACGGGACAACAAGUGGGGGAUUGCCUGCAGCCCGUGUUGCAGCUUAUAAAGUAUGCUGGCCCAAAGUUGGAGAUGGUGCAUGCAUGGAUGCAGACAUCCUUGCUGCCUUUGAUGCUGCAAUUAGUGAUGGUGUUGAUGUGCUCUCACUGUCAAUCGGUGGGAUGCUAGCUGAGUAUUUUGAGGAUGGAAUUACAAUUGGGUCCUUCCAUGCUGUCAAGAAUGGCAUUACUGUGGUUGCUUCUGUUGUUGACAACGCGUUCACAAGUUAUAUCACGCUUGGGAACAAGAAGAAGAUCAAGGGAAUGAGUCUUUCUGCAACAAUUUUACUGCGUGGGAAAUACUAUCCACUGAUCACUGGUGCAAGCGCUAGAUUAGAUGACGUCUCAGAAGUAGAUGUCAACCUGUGUCAGCUAGAUUCACUUGAUCCUAGAAAGGCUAAGGGGAAGAUUGUUGUGUGUUUUCAAGGGGGAAAUGGAAAAACAGAGAACGAGUAGCGGCCCUAUGAGCCGGAGCUGUUGGCAUGAUUCUAACAAAUGAUGAGCAAAGUGGAAACGAAGUUUUUCCAUAUCCUCACAUGCUCCCAGCUGCUGAUGUCAAAUUCAUUGAUGGUCAAACUAUUUAUGCCUACAUUGACGCUACUAGGUAACAAACUUUUGCACUCAUU